UUUUGAAAUUUUUGGAACUAAAAGAAUUUUUAAAAAUAUUUCCAGGCAUUGUAGCUUCAAUGCAACCCCAAACAUCCUCAUUACAUCAUCACCAUCACCACCAUCACCAACAUUCUUCACUAAUUUGUCAAAAUUCGGCAGCAGUAAUGUCCACAAUAACAAAUAAUUGUAACAACAACAACAAUACUUCAUCCACGUCUUCAGCAGUUUCUGCUGCCGGCGAACUUUUUAGUCAAGCUUCUCGUUUAAGUAUGAAUGGGAAUAGUGUAGCAAAUAUGGCGGCAGAUACUUUUAUGCAGCAGGCGGCGGCUUAUAGAUUUAUGAGUAAUCCUGCAGCGGUUUUACAGCCUCAUGCCACACGGUUUCUCAACUCAGCUGUAGCUUCUUCCUAUUCCACCCAAUUUCCAACAACUUGGCUUUGUCCAAACUUCCAAUAUGAUUACACAAACAAUUCAAGUUUAAAAUGUUCUUCUCUCUCUGCACGUCAAGAAAAUGCAUCUAGUACUGCUCGAUUUUUCUAA